AUGAGCGGCAGCGACGGCGAGGACGGCCGACGCGAGAGGAGCAUCACCGCCGCCACCACCAUCGUCGCUGGGGAAAGCGGCAUAGCCGGAGCGAUGGAUGACGACGGUGGUCCAGCGGCAGCGUCGGCGACGACGACGAGGCGACGCUGCAACGACGCCGCCGUCGCCGCGGCCAGCUGCGGCGAUUCCGCGUGGACGCGCCGGGACGCGGACACGCCGAGCGACCACGAGAGCGGGGACGCCCGCGUGUUCCCCGCGGUCGCGGACUAUGAUCCCACCGGGUGCGGGACGACCGAUCAGCGCGUGAUCGACGCGUUUAUCAGAGGCGCGAGAGCGGCUGACGAGGACCGCCGUAAGUCGUCUCUGGUGAGCACCGACGCGCUCGCCAAGCUGUACUCCUCUGCGGCGGCCAUGGACAGCCAGUCGCGUCUCGGGAAGGAGUCGUGCUCCUGUGAUAAUACAGCCGAUUACAAGGCUAAACGAGAUAUGUUUAGAGAGGAGCUGCAAAAGGCUAUGAACUUCCAAAAUCUGUGGACGGAAUUGCAGCAGUCCAUACGUACCGACUUUAACGUCGCCCUGGAGGCGACUCACGUAUUCGACUCACCGCAGUCUCAGCGUGACAAGUUCACGAUGGAUAUGCACAAUACUGUUAUCCAAUUAUGCAAGAGAGAUUCCCAUCAACUUUUCAUGAGAUUAGUGAGCCAGGCGCAGGAGUUUGUGAUAGAAGUAAAAAUCCGUUUGUUCGCUCUUCUGCACGAGCGUAGCGUGAAUUUAGCUGAAAUCUUCCUCACCGGUCUCUUGAAUGACUACGACGCUCUCGUAUCGACAGCGAUUUUAAUUUCUGAAUUAGUGAAACCAUUGAAAAAGUGCCUCAACUUUAAUUUGACGUGGGACUGCUUCAUCAAAAAGUUAUAUCAGAUUUAUGUAUAUAACGACGCUCUAGUGCAAAACAAUUUACCCACGUUUAUUGGCCAGCUGAGGAAGCUUCUACCGUUGAAAGAUUCCAAGUACCAAGCUCUUGUUCAUAGAUACUUAUCGUUCGACGACGAGAUGACUAGAAUCGGUAAUUUGUGGCCCGAGACAGAGCCAUGGAUGGAUAAAUAUAAUGCAGAACAAGCCCUUCGUAUGACGAGGCUUAGGCAAAUUAGGGAGGCCUGGGGAUUGUUCACGACAACACGUAAAUUAAUGGAGCGUAGUAUGUUAAACAAAACAUCCGACAUCGGAAAUGAGAUGCAAGAGAUCCACGGGCAGUUUUCGUCGCUCAUCGCGCACACGUCUGGAAGCGACAGUCCACCUUUAAGUCCAGUACUGGACUUCAGUUCGAAUUCCACAGCUAUGCCAUCGAGCAUAGAAAUAGUUCAAAUAUUGUUAGACGAUUGGAAUAAAGCUCAGCACCAAAAGUUGGCGGACAUAGCCGGGGCAUUGACGGCGACCGAAAUGGAUGCCGCUGGACAGGGUGAUACCAACUGUUACGAUUACACACGUGCAACGUGCCAGUUGGCGCAAUACGCCAUUAGAUCAGUGAGGACUCACAAUGACGUCUCCGUUGAUACCGAGAAUGGUCUUGAAAAUGGGAAAGGUUGCGAGUCUUAUACAUGCGACGAAACUGAAAUAGGUCACACGGAUAUGCACAAAGACGAAAGUGUCGAGAAGGACGAGAUAAAUUCUUUUCCGCCCCUUAGCAAUGGAUUUCCAGAGAUACCUGCAAGUUGUACAGCGACGCAGGUUAAAAAGAAACUGGACAAUUUGGCCGACGAGGACAAGAAAAAGGAGUCGAGUAUGCGGGACGCUUUGCACAAAUAUGCCGCAAAGACACCCGAGUCGGAACCUUGUCUGUGUGUUUAUCAACACGCGCAGGAAAUAGCGGCGAGAAAGAAGGAAAUUCUCGAAAGUCCGCCCUGUCCUUGUCUGCUGAAUUCGAGACGCAAGUGGGACAUCUGUCCGUGCUUGCCUAAAUCCAUACCUGAAACGGUCGUGGCGAACGGUCGUCCCAAGGCAACGUCGCCGACCUCCGUUGCAAAGGCUAAUUCAGAGCCGAGCCAGAAACCUGCCGUAAAGACUGGCUCCACGCAAUCUGCCCAAACCCAAACGAGGCACUCUACAACGCAAACUCACAAUCACAGCAUACAUCAGGGUAACACUCAUUCGCACGCCCACGGACCGCUACCGGAUCUGACGAAAAACACAGGUCCGUGUUCUCACCCCAGACUUCGCCCACUCAAUCAUACACCGCAUGCGUGCCACAAGCAAGCCAACGUCGAACAUAUCAAGAGAAUGUCGUGUAACGAUUUGAGUUCAGGAGAUGGGGAUUGUUCGGAUUCAGGGAGCAGUCAGGGGGACUCGUGCUCCACUAGCAGCUCCGCGCAGAGAGACGCCAAUGUGAGACACUGCGACUGUUGUUACUGUGAGGUCUUUGGUCACGGGAUGCCGUCAGUCGCGCCGGUGAGUCGAAACUAUAAAGAAAUGCGGGAACGACUGCGACAACUUCUGACGAAGAAAAAUGCGAAAAAGUGCAAGACCGUGGGUGGAUGUAGCCCGCAGAAAAGCCCGUCGGAAUCGUCGAUUCCCAAUGUCAACUCCGAAGCCAAAGCCGUGACAAGUUCCAUCCUUAGAUCAAAUACUCCAAUUUCAACGAUGUCCACGGUCCAGUAUAAUCAACGAGAUCAGCGGGAUUUGGAGAAAUUGUUGGAGUUCAUCGAGGGUAAUCAAAGCGGGAAGAAAGACAACAAGAAGGCCGAGAAGAAAGCAAGGCAGAAGCAACGAAAGCUUGAAGAAAAGCUAAAAAAGGACAGACAAGAAGCGGAGAGACAAAAGUUGAUAGAAUUACAAAAAAAGACGCCAGAGGUGACGAUCACUGUUGUCGAUCCUCAAAAGCCCAUACCUCAAAGACUAUUGCCUCAAUGUAAUCUACCGGAAGUUUCCAUUUUGCCAACGUCGCCAUCGGUAUCUCUUCCUACGAUGAAACAGUUAAAUAAUAGGAAAAAGGAUAAGCAAGAAGUUUGUAGCAAUAGUAGUAAUAACUGCGGUAAUAAUAGUAUUACUAAUUUGAGCAACAAGGCGAAGACGACGACUGCGAAUUCAAACGCGAAAAAUAAGAAUAUUAAUAGUGCGGAGAAGUGCGAGGUGCGAAAUACGAAUUCUAGCCAAGGGAAUAAGAGCGGCGCGAAGAACGAUAAGCUUGAUAGCAAUAAAGGCAGCAAGCCACCAGCAAGUAUUAAUAAUAUUACGUGUGCGAAAAACAGCUCGAAUAAUAAUGCAAGUAAGUUAACUGACGUCGAUUUACUCGACAAGAAAUUGACGAAGAAGGAGAGGAAAAAGUUGAAGAAGGAAAUGAAGAAAUUGGAAGAUGCGAAGGCGAAGGAAACCGAAAGUGCAGCACAUACGGAAUCUCAACCGCAAAUAGUUACUAUUAGGAGGGAAAUAAAUUCAAACAGCGCUGAGCCUACGGUCACGAUCACUCUGAAAGGCCAAACCCCGGCCGAGGAUAAGGUUCUAUUCACGUUGGUGAAUGGACAGACCAAAGAACCCUCUCACAAGUCGGAGCAAGAACAAAACCAAAGUAACAGUGGGAAAAAGAAGAAGGUGAAAGCGACUAACAACAAUAAUCCUUUGCAACAGGGAAAUAAGCUGCAGCAAUCGAAUAAUUCGAAGCAACAGACUCAGACUAAAGCCAGCGAUGGUAAGAACUUGAAGCAACAAGCGACCAACGAGAAGUCGAAGAGUGGUAAACAGGUGGACGAGAGGAAGGUCCAGCAGCAGAACGUCAACGAAGGCAAAAAUUCCAAGUCGAAGAAGGACAAAAGAAAUUCGGAGAACAAGGAGAACGUGUUGCAACAGCAAAAUACGGUGAACAAGAGUAAGAACCAACAAAACGCGACCAACAAAAAGCAGAACAAAGCAGGUACUCCUCCUCAGACGCCAGUGUCGCAGAAGCAGCAACAGCAGCAGCAGAAUCAGAAUCAGAUUAUAAGCGAAUCCGGGAUUGGUAAGAAGGCAAAGAAGCAGCAGCAGCAGCAGCAGCAAGAUAAAAAUCCACAAUCGAACACCAGUAAAAGCAAUAAAAAUAACAACGCGAAUAAUAAGAACGUGUCGACUAAGAACGACUCUCAAAAGAAUACCAAUGUAAGUAAAACGAAUCAAACUACCGUAAGUAAGCAACGUGCGCCCGCGGAGGUCCAAAACACGUGUUCCGAACGAGUUACCUCGCCGUCGCUUAGUAGCCAGUUUAAAGACAUCGGGCCAAACUCCAAGAUCAACAUCGAAAAUCUCAAGUUGCCACCGGGCAUCACGAUCACGAAGGUCGACGCGCCGCCGAAGCCGCUCCCAAUCAAAACUGCACCGUUGCCGAAACCAGUGAAUCCGCCCAAGCAAACUACUAUCAUCGCCGCGCCGAUGAGCGGCGUUCAGUCGAGCUACGCGAGUCCGCAGGCAGGCGGAAAUGUCAUAGUGGUGGACACGGGCAAGCUCAAGCAAGACCUGCUGCCGAAGGCCAGUGAGAAAGAUUCCCAGCCGCAGAAUGCCGCCAGCGGUAAAAAGAAGAAGAAGAAGAAUAAGAAUUCAGCCAACUCGGGUAAUGCGCCGGCGAACGCGUCGCCGAUGCAGAACAACGACGGGUUCGUGAGCGAGCACGUGAUGGACGAGCCGGCGAGGAUACUGCACAAUCCCGGGACGAACAUGGUGACUAUCAGGAACCCGUCGUUCGGGCCGAUGAAAGUGCCACCGACCCAGCAGGCGGCGAUCAUCAAGGUCUCGGAGAACGGCAUGGUGACGAUCCGAAGCCCGGCUCUGCAGCAGGCGAUCAAUGCGGGCCUGACGUCGCCGCCCAAGCCGGAUUACAUAGUCAAGGGCGAUCUGUCGGCGGGCAGAACGACGACGACCGAGUGCGGCCAGCUGAGCGUGAAACACGCCAACGGCGUCAUAUCGUCGAGCCUGGCGGAGUUGCGCAGCCGGUUGAGCGCGCAGCCGGAUUGCGCCUCGUCCCUGUCCGAGCUCGCCAACAUCCAGAUCAGCCAGAUGACGAACGGCCAGCCGAUACCGGAGAACGGCAUCAAUCUCAAGGGUACCAGUGUCACCCUGACGAAGGUGAGGCCGGAGGUGACGGGUAUGGAGGACGCACGGCAGGCACCGGCGAGAUGCGCCACGGCGAAGGAGGCCGCGAUAAACGCCACCUCGAUAACGGCAGCCAACAGCGGCGGAGGCGGCAGCGGCGGGAAGAGCAAGAAGAAGAAAAAACGCGGAGGCGGCACGGGCCAGUGCGGGGAUGACUUGGACCUCGUUGAGGUAUUCACGCCCAAAGAUAUAGACCUCGAGAAUGACGAGGAGAUGGACGAUGAUGAGCGCGAGCUGGAGGCCUUCAAGCGAUUCUGCCUGCAAUCGGUGCCGCCGUUGCACAAGGAGAAGGUCAAUCUCAAUAUUAAGGACAUCGUGUUGAAGAAGAAAUCGUCAUCAUCGUCAUCUUCUUCGUCGUCGUCCUCGUCAACGUCGUCAACGUCGUCGUCGUCGUCGUCGUCGGCAGCAGCGGCGGCGGCGGCGGCAGCGGCCGCCGCCGCUGUAAUAGCGGCCAAUUAAUUUGUAUAACGACUUGAAUAAUUUCUGCGUUACCACCCGCGUGCUCUGGCACGCGAUUACUGCCAUUCUCGGUGAUUCGACGCGCGGUCCAGAACGCAGUCGCGUCGCGCGCGUCCCCGUCGACUCCGUCGUCGUCAUCGAAUCCAGGUUUUUACAUAAAGACAAGUAUGUAAUGCCUUCGUAGGUGAAUAUUUAAAUGUUAGAGUAUUUAGAGCGGAGAAGCGGAGGUAGAGACUCUGAGCGACGACGGAGUGGUUGGACGGUGUCUGAUUGUGUAUGUAUAACAUUAAAUGUAAUUAGGGCUAUAAGUUUCCUUCGCGACGGGACGACGGGUCUCCCUCGCGAGACGUCGUCUCCAGGCGUUGUUCUCCUGGACGAGGUCAACGGUAUUUGUAAAAAUUCGAUCUCGCCGAGCACUUAAGGAUAAGAUACUAUUGUAAAGUUAAAUGCGCAAACGUUUAAAAAGAAAAUUGUGACGAAAGAAGGUACGCGCUGCGCUUGCAGACCUCUGCGAGGUCUCGCACCGACGAAAGUCGGAGAAAUUGCGCCACUCGACAGAGCAGACGCACACGCACACACACGGUUGUGCGUGAUGAUAGACGGAUGGACAUUGUUCUCUUCCUUUCUUUUUUUCCCUUAUUAAAAGUAGUUGCGCGUUUCUAUCUACUUAGGGCGUCUGUGUAUCAUCUUUAUGUGUCUGUAUCUAUAUUCUCCUUGUAGGAGUAGCCCUGUACUCGUAUAAGUAGUCUAUACUAGCAUAGAACGCACACCGAGAAGAUUAUACAUAUAUAUAUAUAUAUAUGUGUAUGUAUAAUUCGACAAAUGUACGUCACAAUGUUUCUUAUUGUAUUGUAAUUAAAGUACUUUUUAUACGGUAAAUAAGACUAGGCGUGUGGGGCGACAGUCCGUUAUUCUUUUUAGUGUAUAUAAUCUUCAUCCUCAUAUACACAUUGCUAAAAGAGAAUCAAUGGAGAAUAUGAGUACAUGUGCAUAUAUACACGUGAGUGCAUGUGUAAUAUGCAUGUGUAUAUAAUAUAUAAUGUGUAUAUCACUUCUGUGCUAUGUAGUACAUUAUCAUUUAUCACAUCUUUAUUGCGUUGGUAAUUUCUCUAAAAAGGAAAGCACAAAAUUGUUUAUUGAUAAAGAAUUUGAAUUAGAAUUGUGAUUGGAAUGUUGUAAUUAAAUUGGACACUACGAGGAAGUGUGUCUACGUUGAAAAAGUGCA